UUUUCACUUCUACUACUGUUGCUGAAAAUGAGAUGGUCUCGCUGGCAGACAAAAUUAAAAAAUAUGAUAUAAUCAAGCUUAUAGAUUUAUUACAGCUUAAACAACAUGAAAUGAAAUUGAAGCUGACAAAAAGAUUCAUAAA